AGCUUCAUUUUCGGCAACCACGUUGAUCUUGCACAUCAUUUCACAGACUUGGAAUCUUCUUUCACUCUAACCAGCCCGUUGAGGAAGUUUCCACCUUGCCUCCAUCAUCAACCUUACGUUUUAAAGAUGGGCUGUAACACGGGGCACCUGACAUGCCAGCCACAACCUCCUGCAAGCACAAGCCAGGAGGGCCAGUCUCAGGAGGGGCCAGCAAAAGUCCCGGAAGUCUUGUCUUCCCUAGAGAGGCUUUCUCAAGCCACCGGAGGCAUGGAGAAGUCCUGGUACCGCUGCAUUUUUCCUUUCGGGAUCAUCUCAUUAGUGAUUGGUGUUGCUGGAACAGGCGUGACCUACACCUACAAUGACCUCCCACAGACCAAGGUGGUAUCUGUGGUCCUGCUGAUCGUUGGGAUCAUCCUGGUACUGAUGGCCACCGCGUGUUGGACAGUUCAUAAGAAGAAACGCAGAAAAAAGCAGGAGGUAGGCCCUUUUACCACUGAACAUUGUCCUCUAUGA